ACAGGUGCUCUGCUGUUUGCACAUGUUGUGCUGUCGUACCUACUUGAUAAUUCUUAUCUAGUUCAAUAUCCGACUUUCUCCUAUUUGAAACAUUAAUUUAUAAUUUGAACCGAGUCUUGUGUCUUUCCGCCUUAAAUUUACCAAUCUCACCUCGACUUAUAAUAGCUCGCCUUAGCCACUUACACUUAUACACUUUACACACUUAUCCGCUUAUACGCUUAUACACCUACCUACCUACCUAGGUAUACAUUCAUACCUCAAGCUCGCAUACAUAACAAUCGGUAAAGACCAGUAGCGCGCUGCCACCCAACGACUCUCCCCACCUCGUGUCUGCAGCGUCGUCAGCUGUGAAUUAAAAAUACCACAUACCCAAUCCAGAUACUCAAUACCUGCUCUAUCCGAUUGUUUCUCGUAUCGAAUUCCUCGCUCUUAUAAGCCCGCGCGACCGCCUGGUGCGGAGGUGAACGUUCAACUUGAUGCUCGCGGAAAUCCUGGAUAGAAGAUGCGGUUGACGUCCUGCCGACAUGUCGCGCUCCUUUCGAUAACUGCGACCACACUUGCGCUCGCUGAUUCCAUCGUCAAUCCGCUCGAGUACGGGACUUUCGAGGACUUCUCACCCGUCCAUAAGAGAGCGAUCGAUUGCCCCGACAAUUUUUUCAGUUGCGAGGACCGGGGUCCCGUCUUCGAAGGAACUUGCUGUCAGAAUGGACAGCUAUGCGCUUUGGAUGCCUAUAGUUCAGCGGCCUGUUGCCCUACUACAGCAACGUGUACAGGAGUGGCGCCAACCGGUCCAACGCUCUCUGUGUCCUACGUGAGCAACACGUACUUCUCGUUUCCAUAUAUACCGACGUCGUUUGCGAAUUCAGUGGCGUGUACAUCAGCUGUCAACCAGUGCUCGAGGAAUUACGCAUCGUGUGUUUCGGGAUUAGCUGGAAGUAGCGCAGCUUAUGGCGUGACUAUCGUGGUUCCGGGAGGCGGUGGGACGACGGUUGCUGCCACGCAAGCUACCGGGCUUCCCGCGCCGUCGGCAACAUCUGUUUGCUCAAGCCUAUCAUCCGAGGCUUGUUACAACUUGCAAAGUGCCCAAUGCACGCAAGCCGGCACCACCGGGGGGUUCAUCAUCGGCACCGGAAAUGCCGCUGCACGACCUGCCGCUGCUCCUAUGGCAGCCGUCAUUGCCGGCAUCGGAUUGAGUCUCAUUGGAGGUUAUAUAUGAGUGCUUGUUGAAUGACUAUCAUAGCCAGAUGAUUUUUAAAUCUUUAACUGACCUGCCGAUGUGCUCUGGAUCCCGGAGAUCCAAAUACUGAUCGAAUGACGUCAUGAAUUGUUAUGACCCUUUUCUAAACGUGUAUAUUUGGCUGGUGUAUCUAGAUAUGUGCCUUUAAUAUGGGAACUGGGGGCUUUGUGCAUAGAAACGGAACGAAUGAAGGAAUAUUUUCCUUGGACAUCGGGGGUUCGGGAUGGGGACGUGAUCUCAUUUACAUAGUGAGUUAUCAAAAUGAAUGAAACAAUUCCACAAGUAAUUAAAACGAAUUGUCAAUUUGCAUCAUGCCAAGCUUCAUCUACUUGAGUUUUUG